AUUCAAGAAACCAAACUCUCACUCAAUUCCUCAAUCCUUCAAAACUUAAUUUUUUUUUUUUCUUUUGAAGUGAAAAGCAGAAACUUCUUUUCCAAUUCAUCCUUACAAAUUCGAGGAAAUGGUGCCUAAAAUUAGCAAGCUCAAGGUUUCAGAAAAAGCGAGGAAAUUAGUAUUUCCUGAAAUGCUUGGUAGCUUAGUGGUUGGUGGAGAAGAAAGAAAUUACAAUAUGGGGUCUGAUACAAGAUAUGAAUCUGCAGGUGAAGAAUUACGCACUUUUGAGCCUCAUGGGUUUGCUCUGAAACACAUGAUUAAGGAUCAAACUUAUGAUUUUGACGAGGAGCUUAGUGUUCCCCAAAAGAUAAAUAAGAAUUUGGGAGCAAUUGUGCACGCCUGCGUUAAUGAUGAUGAUGAAAAAAGAUCUGAUCUUGAACAUGAGCUUUCUCGGAAGGAGAUUAAUUUGGAGAAGUUGCAAAGAGUUGCCAGUUCAGGUAUUCCAGACGGAGGGAGUUUGCGAGCAACAAUUUGGAAGCUAUUGUUGGGGUAUGUGCCAACUUCUCGUGACUUGUGGGAAAAGGAGUUGACUGAGAGUCGACUAAAAUAUGUUAAGCUCAAAGCGGAGCUUUUACUAAACCCUUCAGAGUUGUCAAGGAGAGAAGAUAAAAGCUUGAGAUUCCUUGGACACGAUACUAAAGUUAGUGAGCCCCUUGAACGCUACAACAUCUCAAAAGAGGAUCAUCCGCUAAGCUUAGGUAAAACUAGUAUAUGGCAUCAGUACUUUGAGUUUACAGAAAUUUCAGAUCAAAUAGACCGUGAUUUGCAGCGAACUCAUCCAGAUUUAGAAUUCUUCUCAGGAGACUCACCACUGUCUAGGAGGAAUAGGGAGUCAAUGAGAAAUAUUCUUCUUUUGUUUGCAAAGUUAAAUCCGGCAAUUAGUUAUGUGCAAGGCAUGAAUGAAGUCUUGGCCCCAUUAUACUAUGUCUUCCGCACUGAUAGUGAUGAGCACAAUACUGCAAAUUUAGAAGCAGAUACUUUUUCCUGUUUUGUUAUACUAAUGAGUGGCUGUGUGGAUCACUUCUGUCAACAACUAGAUAGCAGUUCUAUGGGUAUCCACUCCACUCUUUCAAACUUGUCAAAGUUAUUAAAAACCAAUGAUGAGGAAUUGUGGCACCAUCUUGAAUAUAAAUCAAAGGUUGACCCACAAUUCUAUGCGUUUAGGUGGAUCACUCUGCUUCUAACUCAGGAGUUUAAGCUGCAUCACAUCCUAAGGAUCUGGGAUACACUUUUAAGCAAUCCUUUUGGUCUUCAGGACAUGCUUCUGAGGAUCUGCUGCGCUAUGCUAAUGUGUGUGAAAAGCAAAUUACUGAGUGGUGAUUUCGUUGACAACUUAAAGCUUUUACAACAUUUCCCUGAACUCGAUGUUGAGCACCUUCUCCAGAUAGCACAGGGCAUGACUAUGGACACGUCAUUCCUUUCAGCUGUGUAACUCGUCCAACUAAACCAGGCCAUUGCUACAACAAUUGCUUAAACACCAAACUAAAUUGGAACUCAUACACGUGCCUUUCUUUUAGCUUGUUUUUAAGAAAUCAAAAAUGAAGUUAAUGUCUUUGAUCCUUAUGUUUUAUUUCAUUCCUGGCUUUUUAA